AUGCCCGAAAUCAUCGACGACAAAUCUGAACACUGUAUUCCUUUCCUACUCGAGCGAUUAAAAGCCCACCAGGCCCGAUAUGGGAACGACCCCACCCCUCCGUUCUUCCUGGGCCUGAACGGCGUCCAAGGAGCCGGCAAAACAGUGCUAGUUUCCACUCUCCAAUCGACGUUGCGGUCCCCGCCAUACUCUCUCCCCGUCGUGACUCUCUCCCUCGAUGAUCUGUACCUCACGCACGACGGCCAGCGCACCCUAGCGCAAUCAUUCCCUUCAAACCCCCUUCUCCAGCAUCGCGGUCAGCCCGCGACUCAUGAUCUGCCUUUGGCGACCCAGGUAUUUGAAUCCCUUCGCGCCGGUCGCCCCACCGCCAUCCCGCAGUACGACAAGUCCGCAUUCUCCGGUCAAGGCGAUCGGGUCCCGCAGUCGCAGUGGGAGGUCGUCAAUCAACCGGGGCAGGAUGAAGUCAAAGUGGUCAUCUUCGAGGGUUGGUGUGUCGGGUUCCGCGCAUGGGAUGACGCAACCCUGCGCGAGAAAUGGGAGGCUGCCGUCCGGCAGAAGGAGCAAGGGGAGUAUAACGGACGUCUAGGACAUGUGCGAUUUGAAGAUGUCAAGACUGUCAAUGAUGCCUUGCGCGCGUACGAUCUCAUCACUGAUCAAUUAGAUGCGCUGAUUCACAUCGACGCUCACGACUCCCAUUACGUCUAUGACUGGCGCCAGGAACAAGAGAGGACUCUCCGUGCCGCGAAAGGAACAGGAAUGACACCAGAACAAGUCACUCAUUUCGUUGACGGCUAUUAUCCCUCCUACGAACUCUUCACCGAAACCCUCCGCGAAGGCGUCUUCAAGCCGACUCCCCACGCAACGACCGCCAGCACUUCGUCUGCACCCUGGCAGGGAAGACAGCUUCGUUUGGUGGUUGAUCGAAAUAGGCGAGUCCAAGAGGUUAUUAGAAUUUAGCUUUAAGGUGCUGAUGAUAGAAGGGUUAUUAAAUUGGGGGGGGGGGGC